AUGAAGCAGCGUCCUCUGUGGAAGCCCGUGACUUUUGGAAAGGCAUCCCUGCCAGUGACUUCCGCUUCCACCGCUUGUGCCGUUCCACCCACCCGAUCAGACAAAUCAACAUCCGCGGGUAAAAAAUCCCUGUGGGAAGUCGCCCAUAUCGUACUCGACCGUGAUCUCUUCGACAUUGCUCCUGUCAAGUACCUCCAGAUAUCACGUUAUCAUUAUGAGCGGGGCGCCUCCCGUAUCUACCGACAUAUCACUAUUACACCCAAGACCAUCGAGCUUCUUCACGAGUCGUCGGACCGUCCCGCAAGCAAUUUCCUCUCCAACUUUCGGUUUACAGAGACCAUCGCCGUGAACGAUUUCUCGUUGCUCUCAUCUCUUCACGCUACCAUUGAGUCGCUUCAAAAAGCGGAGGGCGUCAUCCGCAAGGCGAAUAAGGCAUGGUGGAGAAAAAGAAAUUCGUCUAGCCACCAAAAAGCCUGGACACUUCCUCUGUUCCCGAAGGCGCACUCUCUCAAGAUGCCUCAGUCAAGCUUUCUUCAGGCCGGAGACGCAUUGUCCGAAUAUUCUUUUGGUCCAUCAUUGGAUUCAAGACCCAGGCGCGAUUUGACGCUUGGCUAUUCCCUCGGGAAGCUUUUCAGCGAUCGGAUGACGGACUUUCUUCUCGACGGGGACGAAAGAUACUCGCUGGAGUGCAUCCCCGCGUUCUUUCUGGCCGAGAUCAACUUUCUUCUCGGCGGAAACCUUUGCACGUAUACCAGCCUCAUAAACCGAAAUACUCCUUUUCCGGUGAACACCCCCUUCCACUUGAGAGACGCUUCGACCUCGGCAAUGAUUUUGGACACAUCUGUCAGCCAGAAUGUCGGGUCUUUCGCACUGCCAGCCAACACUAUCGUCAUCCGAGUGAUUUACAAUGAUCCCCCGGAAACUGUACGCUGUCAUUGUUAUUGGGAAUCCGUCCAGAAGGGCAUAUUGAGCUGGACGACGGACGCGACAUCACCUCGCGUGAGAUAUAUAUAUGAAGUUCAUAUAUAUGAAGCAGAGAAGGCGAGGGAUGCGAUCAUCAGGUUGCAGGGUGGGGUAACACAGGCGCUUUUGGAUACUCAACUGGUCAGAUUCAUCGAGGUGGACUAUGACGCAUUCGGAAUGGCAUCGACGAACCAAAGAAAGACCUGA